AUGAGUGUUGUUGGCUUGCUAGUGAAGCGAACUUUUAGUCUGAGAAGAGUUCCCAUCAGAACCAGCGUCUCUUUUGUGAAAUUGGCCGAUUUUAGGUGUUUUAGUGUAAGUUUAUUUUUGUUUCUGUGUGUUCUGUGGUUUAGAUUUGCUGAGGAAUGCAGGAGAAGAUAGAUUGGACUGCAGGGAAAAUUUUCAAUGCAGUUUUUAGUUGGUUCUGAAUGUCUAGAAAAUAUUUUUGGCAAUUUUUCUGACAUUUCGAUAUUACACGUGGGAAAGAGGUGAAUUCAUCAAAGUUCCGGAAUUUUAUUAUAAUUUUCUUGUCUUAUUUGACUUCCAAAGAGCUUCCGAAGCUUUUGCGACAAAAUCGCUUCAGACUUCAGCGUAAAUUUUUCUUUACACCUGUUUUUUCUUCCCACCCAUCCCUGGUCUAAAAUAAUAUCAAUUUGAUGGAAAGAACGCUUUGUUUCUUUGCCCUUUUCGCGAUCAUCUGAUCAGUUCGCUGUAACGUUCUUCUGGCUGGCUAUUCCGGACGAAUUUCGAACGGAAGAAACACCGGGAUGUUGUUUUAUGUGACUCAUCCUGAAGAUCCGGAAUCUUCGAAUAAAUUUCAAAUUCCUGUUCCGGUUGUUAUUAAAACCUCUCCCCUAAAGUGCGUGGACGAUAACAGACUGCAAUGUUCUCUAAAAGGAGUGUUCAGACGUUCGAGGUCAUCCGAAUUUCUUGGGUUGGGUCGGAUGUCUAGUGUAAUAUAAAAAAUGGUGUGGAAGUGAUGUGAAACCAUCAAAUAUUGAUAGACUUCCUAACCUCUUAUAGAUAUCAUGUUGUAAUCGAGCUAAAAAUAUAUGUUUUGCGUUGAUUUUUGACCGCCACGUUUUGAUUUUUAUCUUUUCUUUGAAAGUUCGGAAGUGAGUUUUUGUCUCAACAUUUUUGAUGAAUUAGCCACUUUCCGUUUUCCAUUCUUGGUUGCCAAUCGCUCAAAAAUUGUCUGGUGUUCUUAUCAGUCCGGGUUAUCGAUGGAAAAAUGAGGCCGGCCAGGGGGUGGUGACGCAAACUGCACAACAAUUUGAAACUAUGAAGGGAGGUGGAAGAAAGUGGUGCAAUGACGUUUUUAGAGGCUGUUAGAAGGUAGUUGAGACAAGAUUUUAGAUGUUUUUGAUCACUUUUUAAGGUAAAAUACAGAUUAAGAAGACUUUUAUCUCAUGGAUAAUAUAAAUUGUUAUUUUUUUGCGAGAUUAUGAUGGAUAAUGUAGCUAUAUGUUUAUAAGUUUUUUUGCAGCAUCUUUUUUAUCAUUUAGAGGUGAUUUUUAACCGAACUUUGAGAAUAAUAAAAUCGCCUAAAAUAAGGAAAUUUUGAUUAAAAUAAGAAUUUCGUUAAAUUUUUAUUGGUAAAAUACGACCAGUUUCAGGGAGAAAUCUAAGUUACAGUGGCGGACUUGAUCCAGUGGCAAAAAACGUACCUUUUGGCAUCCGGGAAGUAUCAAAAACGUAACAAAAUACCUCCCUCUCUAACUGCGAGAUAGGAAGGUGUUUUGCCACGUUUUUGAUACUUCUCGGAAGCCAAAAUGGUAUGUUUUUUGUCACUGGGUCAGGUCCGCCACUGUAACCCCCUUUUAAGGAUGUUAUUUUGAGGGUAUUUUUCUCUCAAAAUCACCUAGAAUAAGGUCAAAAGCCCUCUCAAAUUUCGACGAUUUGCCCUCUAAUGGGUCAUAAAUCGUCUUGUGAGACCCAUUAUCAGUCUACCAUAAGCUUUCCGGCCAAUAAUCCGAUUCUCUAACCUUGCUUAUCAAUUUUUUCAAGUUUUUUCCUCUUUUGGAAAGUUCAAGGAAUAAGAAAUACUCGAUUUUUUGCUAAUUAAAUUUUUGCAUGGAGUUUUUUUUACUUUUUACAUUCCCAUAUGGUCUUAUGAAUGAUAAGGGAGCAAAUUUAUUGAGUGUUUUUUUGCGGAACGACCUUUUGGAAACUGAUAAAAAUUGUGGAUUUUCUGAUUUUUAGAAGAGAAAAUGACGAGAAAUCGUGGUAAAAUUCGGAGGGAAAUGUUUUUACGGCAUUUUUAUUAGAUAUACAAAGAUUUUUCGGCAAUUUUAAUUAUGCAAAUUUAAAAUUUUUUAAAAAUUUUUCGAAAGGUAUAUAAAAGUCAAAAUUUUUUGACCUUCAACCCCUCGAUUACCUUGCGAAUUUAUGGGAAAAGACCCUUUCAACCCGACACUUCCUUUUUUGCGAAGUGAAAAGAUCACUUUGUUCUUUUCUUUGCAAAAAAAACAACAAUUCGAUGUUUAAAAAUUGCGUCAGAUUGCUGAUGAAUGAGAAACUAACAGGUAUAAAUGGUGAGAAAAGCGGAAAAAUGUGGUCAGUAGUUUAUAGAAGACAUCUUGGAGACUUCUGUAAGAAGGAAACCGUGUUUUCGACUGUUUCGGGUAAAUCUUGGCCAGUUUGUAUAUUGCACUAGAUGUUUUUGUGGGUUUUUGGACAAUUUUGGAUUCGUUACGGUAUAAAAUGAAUAUAAAAUGAAUUUAUGGAGCUUCUUGCGGCUUUUGAAAGCAAUUUCAACUAUCUGGGAGCGUUUCGUAGCGCUUUUUUUGACAAUUUAAAACACUUACAGUGGCGGACCUGAUCCAGUGGCAAAAAACGUACCAUUUUGCAUCUGGGAAGUAUCAAAAAUGCAGCAAAAUACCUCCCUAUCCAACUAAAAGACUCCGUUUUGAAGGGCGCGCCCUUUACCUUACAAAAUGGAGUCUUUUCACUUGGAGAGGGAGGUAUUUUGCUGCAUUUUAAAUAGUUGCCGGAUGCAAAAUGGCACGUUUUUUGCCACUAGAUCAGGUUCUCUGUAAGUGUUCUAAAUUGUCAAAAAAGAGUUAUGAAACGUUUCCAGAUAGUUGAAAUUGCUUUCAAAAGCCGCAAGAAGCUCCAUAAAUUAAUUUUACAUUCAUUUUAUACCGUAACGAAUCCAAAAUUGUUCAAAAAAUCGGCAAGGAUAUCUAGUGCAAUAUACGAAUUGGCCAAGAUUUUCCCGAACGUGCCGUUAUAUUAAACGGCAGAUUUUUUAAACCAAAUUUUUGUUAAUUAAGCCGCACAGCAUUCCGAACUUUUUUCGCCACCGAUCGGUGUCGAAAAAAAAUCGAAAAAUCGAGAGAGGGGUAUGCAUUUUUUUGUGUUGCCGGCUAGCAAAGGCAGGUAUUGCAAAAUUUGAAAAGGUGUUUGGUACUCUGAAGAUUACUCAUUCUAAUUAUACCAAAAUUGUCACCAUGCACUUUGCAACCCCCGAGAAAAUCGCAUUCAAAAAAAUGAAAAUUUCAGAUUUAAAUGCAAUGAAAAUGCACUUUCUAGUUGACUACUGAAGAAAAAAAAGAUGCUAUCGUGUAGAGAAUUUUGAGUACUUCCUAAUACGUAUAUUUUUUUCCGUUGUUUUCUAACAGUUUGAGAGCUACCGUGCAGAAACGCCAUUUUUUGCACUUUUUCCGACUUAUCUGCACUUUAAAUGCAAAAAUGCAAAAUCUUCCGAGCAAUUAUCAUUCUUGGCAUCUUUGUGGAUAUACAUGCCAAAUUUCAAAUUUCUACGACGCUCCCGUCUCCUGUUAUAUCGAUAUAAUUACGAAACCUUGACAACUUAAGUUCCCGAAGAAAAACAUAGAAAACUUGCUGUUUUUACUGUAGGAUAGCCUUAUUUCUUCCUAAAAUGUAUUUUGCCAACCCCGAAUGUUAUUCGUACAGUUUAUGAGACAGCUUCAUGUCAUCAUGAAAAAUGUUGAUUUCAUACACAAACGCAGCUUUUUCUAUUCCCGUUAAUGCAGUCCAACCGCAAGCUAAUACCUUCAAAUUCACAAAUAGAGUACAUAUAACGACUUUUUAUCGAAAAUGUCACAAAAUUUAUAUUUCAAGGCGCGUUAAUAAGUUGUCAAGGUUUCGUAAUGAUUUCGAUAUAUCAGCAGACAGAAGCAUCGCAGAAAUUGGAAAUUUGGCAUGUAUAUCCACAAGGAUGCCAAAAAUGAUAAUUGCUCGGAAGAUUUUGCAUUUUUGCAUUUAAAGUGCAGAUAAGUCGGAAAAAGUGCAAAAAAAGGCGUUUUUGCACGGUAGCUCUAAAACUGUUAGAAAACAACGGAAAAAAAUAUACGUAUUAGGAAGUACUCAAAAUUCUCUACACGACAGCAUCUUUUUUUUCUUCAGUAGUCAACUAGAAAGUGCAUUUUCAUUGCAUUUAAAUCUGAAAUUUUCAUUUUUUUGAAUGCGAUUUUCUCGGGGGUUACAAAGUGCAUGGUGACAAUUUUUGUAUAAUUAGAAUGAGUAAUCUUCAGAGUACCAAACACCUUUUCAAAUUUUGCAAUACCUGCCUUUGCUAGCCGGCAACACAAAAAAAUGCAUACCCCUCUCUCGAUUUUUCGAUUUUUUUUCGACACCGAUCGGUGGCGAAAAAAGUUCGGAAUGCUGUGAGCCGUAGAAUGGACUGAUAAUGAUGUGUUUAACUUCUUCAUGGUGCUGAAUAAUUUUUAGGGGAUAAACGAACCAUUUUUUAUUAAAUUUUGACACCUUUUAUAUUACACUAGAUUUUUCUCUAAUUUUUUGGUGAUUUAAUACCUGAAAAUGUAUUUUUGUCCCGUGAAAUCCCGUGAAUCAUCGUUGUUUUCAAUUCUGAAUAAUAUCAGGCAUCUUUUUCAGACCAAUCCGACCAAAAUGACCUUCCACGAGGACCCGGCUAGUUGUGCAAAUGCCUCCGAAAUUACCGUCCGCCACAUUCAUCUGGACUGGAAUGUGAGCUUCGAGAAGAAAGUGGUCGAAGGAAAGGCCAUUUUGGAUCUGGAGGUCUUGAACAACACUGAUCAUAUUGUGAGUUUAAAAUUUUUUUGGUCUUGGUCUAGUAUAAUAUAAAAAAGUUAUAAAAAUAUAUGAAUUUUGAUCAUUUUUUGAGGAGUAAAUGACUGAUAUAGGUGGUAUAUGGUCUGAUUAAGCUUAUUUUAGUGUUAUGCCACCAGGGGAUUUUUGGAAAUUUACAAUUUUUACCAUUUUUGGUCUAGUAUAAUAUAAAAAAUUGAUAAAAAAAGUGAAAUUUUUGCGAUUUUUGAAGGGGAAAUGGGUAAAAUGGAGAGAAUAGAGAAUAAUGAAGCUAUUUUUUAUACCAUGCCCUCAGGGAAUUUAGCAAAAUUUAAAAAAAUUUCAAAAAAUCGGGAUUUUUGGUGAUUUUUUCGAAUUUUUAGUAAAAAAAGUGUUUUAGCAUGGUAAUUAUGGAUUUUUUAUUUCAGAACCUUGACUCCCGUGAUCUGGAGAUCAUCUCGGCUGGCCUUUCCGGCCAGACCCUCAAACAUAAUAUUGAGGAUAAUGGAGCUUUGGGCCAGAAAUUGAUCAUCAAUUUUGGUCAGACCUUGGAAAAGGGAAGCAAACAGUAAGUUGAGGUGUGAGGAAUUAAAUUAGGCCGUAAAAUAAGAGGUGCUUUUGUCUAUAAAUUGAUUUUUUGACAUUUUUUUGCGAUAAAUUUGGAAUUUUUUGAGAUUUUUUAAAAUUCUUGCCCGAUUAAAGGUCACCUCGUUUUCAAAAAAUGUCUAAAAAUAGCCCAAGUUUGUUGGAAUGCUCUUAUCAGUAGUUGUCAAUUAAAAAUUAAACUUUGAAGUUCCGAAAAAUUAAGAAAUGGACCUAAAGUAAUGUAAUUUUUUCAAAAAAAAAUAUAUAUGUAUAUUUUUAUAUAUAUAUAUAAAAAUCGUGUAGAAUUGUCUGAAAUUUCAGACAACUAACCAUCGAAUACAACACGGGCAAGAACGGCGCCUCGGCCCUCCAAUUUAUCGACAAGGAAUGCACCGCCGACAAAAAGAAACCCUACCUGUACAGUCAAUGCCAGGCCAUCCACGCCCGCUCCAUUGCCCCGUGCAUGGACACGCCAUCUGUCAAACAGACCUACUCGGCCAAUGUGAGAAUUUUUGAGCGAUUUUUUGGUGGAAUUUUUGGGAUUUUGAAGGUUUUGGUUCCGCAGCUCGCGCCCUGGAAAAUAUUUUUGAUUUUAUUGGUUGGAUAAGAAAAAUUUUGACUGGAUAUUUGGUUCGAUUAAGUUUAGCAGAUUUUUGAUGGAUUUUGUUUUGAAAUUUGAAAAUUUUGAGUCCGCAGCUCGCGCCCUGCGUUAAAAACUAAAAAUGAUUUUUUAACUGUGGUGGUGGGGAUAGGGAUAAAAUUUGUGACAAGUCUGAGUUAUUGGAGGGAAAUUGAUGGCUUAGAGUCGUUUGCGAAAAAAAUCAGGCUAUUUUUUUUGUUGGCAGCUCGCGCCCUAGCUGAAUUUGAAAUUGACCGUUUUACGUCCCGGUUUUUUUGCAAUGUGUUUUCUUUAGGAACAAUUUUGAUGGUAAAAUACGCUGGACUUUACAAGGUCUACAUUUUUUAUUAUUUUUGUCCGAAAAAGUGCAAAAUUUUGCAAUUUUUUGAUAAUUUUAUUUUAUAUUUUUUUGAUUUUUUUCAGGUGACUGUCCCAAAAGGUCUUACCUGCCUCAUGAGCGGCCUUGCGGAUGGCCAAGCCUCGGAACAAGGAGAUCUGACCCUGUUCAAGUACAAGCAACCCAUUGAAAUUCCGUCCUAUCUCUUGGCCAUUGUUGUUGGAGCCCUCGAGAAAAGAGACAUCAGCCACCGAUGCGCGGUCUGGGCCGAGCCCAGCUGGGUGGAGAGGGCGAGAUGGGAGUUCGAAGACACGGAGAAGAUGCUUCAAGCCGCGGAGCAAUUGAUGGGGGAAUAUGAAUGGACUAGGUAAGGAAAGGUGGAUUUUUGGAUGUCAUGGAGAAUAUUGAGCCUUGAAAAGGGAAAUAAGAGGUCUAAGGUAGAGUAUGGGAUUUUUUAGAGGAGUUGGAAAGGUUUUGGUGGGAAUUUAAAAUAAUUUUUUUUUUUUGAAAAUUUUAAUUUUUUUUGAAAUUUUUUGUCUUGCUUUAGGUGAUUUUUUGGGACUUUUUUUGAUGAAAUUGAUUUUUUUGGGGUUUAAAAUGCCUUGGAAAGGCUGAAUAAGAAUUUUUACGUAUUUUGAAACGGGUUUGAGUUGGUUUUUUCAACUUUUUUAGAAGAUUUAUAUUGUUUUAGAUGAAAAAUUUAUGAUUUUUGGAGAGAAAAUAGUCGGGUUUGGUUUAAAAGUGAUGUGGUUAGACGAGAUAUUUUAAACCAAAAAAAUCGAAAUUUUUUUUUGAAUUUAAUAUUAUUUUAGGUUAUUUUUCGAUUUUUUUUUUAAUUUCCGCCAAUUUUAUUUUAUUUUCUUCUUUUUCAGAUACGAUCUAGUCGUCCUGCCCCCAUCCUUCCCCUUUGGCGGCAUGGAGAACCCCUGUCUGACCUUCGUAACGCCCACAAUUAUCGCCGGCGACCGCUCGUUGUGCAACGUGAUCGCCCACGAAAUCGCCCACUCCUACACGGGGAACUUGGUAACCAACGCGAACUGGGAACACUUCUGGCUGAACGAAGGCUUCACCGUCUUUGUGGAGCGCAAAAUCCUGGGACGAUUGUAUGGGGAAAACCUGCGACAAUUCGAUUGCCUUUGCGGAUGGGAGGAUCGCCUCUUGCCAUGCAUUAAUGAGACCUUCAACCCGGUCCAUGAAUACACAAAAUUGAUCCCAAGAUUGGUCGGAGUGGACCCGGAUGAUGCUUUCUCGACAAUUCCCUAUGAAAAGGUGAGAUUUUUGGAAAUUUUUGGGAUUUUUUAUUUUUUUGUUAUUUUUUGUUUUUUUUGUGGGAUUUUGAAUUUUUUUUGGAGAAAAAAUUUUUUUUUGGUGAAUAUUAUUUUUUGGGAUUUUUAAGAUUUUUUUUUGUGAAAUUUGGAGAUUUUUCGGAUUUUUUUUUUGAUUUUUUUGGGUUUAUUUUGGAUUUUUUGGAGAAAAAAUUUGUUUUUUGUGAAAAAAAAUGUUUUUCAGGUUUUUGCAUUUUUUAGUUGCGAAAUUUUGAGAUUUUUUGGAUUUUUUUUUUGGGUUUUCGUGGUUAUUUAUGACAUUUUUUAAGGAAAAAUUCUGUUUUUUGUUGGAAAAAUAUUUUUGCAAUUAUUCGUAUUUUUUUCGUGGGCUUUGGAUCUUUUUCGAAGAAAAAUUUUUUGUGUUUGGUGAAAAGAUUGUUUUUCCGAUUUUUACACUUUUUCAGAAAUUUGGAUUUUUAAAAUUUUUUAUGUUUCCGUGGUUAUUUUUGAGAAUUUUUUGUUGGAAAAAUGUUUUUGAGAUUUGUUUAAAAAAAAUUUGCCAUUUUUUGAAUUUUUUUGCUUGGCCUGAAUUUUUGAUUUUUGGAUUUUUUUCAUUUUUUAUGUUUUAUGAAAAUUUAUGAAAUUUGUGACUUUUGUUACCUAAAAGUUUCCAUUUUCAGGGCUCGGCCUUCCUCCUCUACCUGGAACAACUGCUCGGCUCCAACCAGCGAUUCGAAGAGUUCCUCCGCAGCUACAUCAAAAAAUACCGCAGACAAUCGAUCGUUACGAACGACUGGAUCUCAUUUUUGAAGGAAUAUUUUGCCGACAAAAAGGAUGCCCUCGAAGCCGUCGAUUACGCGGGAUGGUUGAACAAGCCCGGUGUUCCUCCAAACAAACCAAAAUUCGAUGAGACCCUGGCCGAAGACUGCCGAAAAUUGGCCAAAAAAUGGGCCGAAGCCCCAAUUGAAGAGCUCAGAAGCUUGGAUCCGGAAGUUUUCAAAAAAAUGGAAUCAAUCGAACAAGUCAAGGUCUUGGAUUCAGUGGAAACGGUAAGAUUAGAGAGUGAUGGAGCAUCGUUUUGAAGGAUGUGGGGUUUUAGUGGCGUUUCAUGUGGGUUUCCGACCAAAAAAUAUUAUUUUAGACAUCAAAGUUGGACUUUUUGGGAAAAUUUUGAUUUUUUUCUUUGAUUUUGAUAUUUUUAGUGCUGGUUUGGCUAUAUUUGAGGGCUACUGAGUGUGAUAAUGAUAUUAGGAUAUUGAAGAUUUUUUUUUGAAAUUAUUUUAGACAUCAAAUUUUGAAGUUUUUUUUUGGAUUUUUUUUUGACAAGGAAAGUACUUCUAUGGGGUGUGGAAUUACCGGUCGAGAUAUAUAUCAAAAAAUUCGCAAAAAUUUUCUCAUUCAGAAUAUAUAUAAAUUAGCUGCCUAAUUUUGGUCUAAUGACAUGUUUUUGUCCUCAGAAGUUUUCUCGCGACACCAUGCAAGUGUCUUUUUGACCGUGUUUUUACCAAUAAAAAAUUUUUGUUUUGUGCUAAAAUAAAUUCUGAGGCCUUGACAAGCCUUAAAAUAUCAAAUUGGAUUACAACUACACCUUAAAAGUAGUUCCAAUGUAAAAAAUGGGUUCUAGUGUGGCAAAAGGAAUCGAACCCGUUCCCCUCGGAUUCCCAAUCUAGCGCUCUAACCACUCGGCCACACCGCUCUCUUCCGAAGGAAGAUACCGAGCGCGCUUUUGUUGCCGCAGAUUUUUUUCUUCGAGAAAAACAUUUAUUGAAAAAACUCGCUGAUAGACCAAAAUUAGGCAGCUAAUUUUUAUAUAUUCUGAAUCAGAAAAUUUUUGCGAAUUUUUUGGUAUAUAUCUCGACCAGUAAUUCCACACCCCAUAGAAGUACUUUCCUUGUGAAAAUUUUUUAUUUUUUUUUGAUUUUGGAAAUAUUAAUGUUAGUUUUGUUGUUAUUAUCACCUAUAGAAUUUGAUAAUUACCAUAAAAUUUCAGGGUUACAACUUAUCUCACGAACGCGUCGCCUUGCUCGAAGAAAAAUACAAAUUGAGCUCCUCGGGCAACUCCGAAAUCCGCUUCUCAUUCAUUUUGAUUGGAAUCAAAGCGAAAUGGACCCCGAUCAUCCCGAAAGCCCUGGAAUUUGUCAGUGAAGUUGGACGUCUGAAGUUUGUCAAACCGAUCUACAGGUGAGAAAACGGGAUUUUUUGAAAAUUUUAUGGUCGAAAAUUUAGUAUGCAGAUUUUUUGGAUAUGCAAAGAAAGUCUUGAUAUGCAAAUUUUUUGAUGUACAAGUUGUUUUAAUAUGCAGAUUUUUUUGGAUAUGCAAAAAAUUUUUGAUAUGCAAAUUUUUUAUAUGCAAAUUUUUUUAUGCAAAUUUUUUUUAUGCAAAUUUUUUUAAUUUGCAAAAAAUUUUUUGAUAUGCAAAUUUUUUUAAUAUGCAAAAAAAUUUUUUGAUAUGCAAAUUUUUUAAUAUGCAAUUUUUUUCAUAUGCAAAUUUUUUGGAUAUGCGAAAAAUUUUUGAUAUGCAAAUUUUUUAUAUGCAAAUUUUUUAAUAUGCAAAUUUUUUUAAUAUGCAAAAAAUUUUUUGAUAUGCAAAUUUCUUGGAUAUGCAAAUUUUUUUAUAUGCAAAUUUUUUUAAUAUGCAAAAAAAUUUUUGAUAUGCAAAUUUCUUGGAUAUGCAAAUUUUUUUAUAUGCAAAUUUUUUUAAUAUGCAAAAAUUUAAUGUGCAAAGAUUUUGAUAUGCAAAUUUUUUUAAUAUGCAAAUCUUCUAAAAUUUCAUUUUCAGAAAAUUAUUCGCCUGGGAAGAGAGCAAACAACAGGCCCUGCAAACCUUCGAAAAGAACAAACCAUUCAUGCAUCCGAUCACGGUAAUCGUAGUCAACUCACUCGAAAAAUAG